AAUUGAUGUUGGUCACAUUUCAUUCGAUGCUUUGGCUGAAACUCUAAAUAAUUAUAAAAGCAAUCACACGAAAAAGAGGGCAGCAUAUUUUUCAUCUGAUUAAUUAACCCUAAAAUCAACCACUCAUUCUCUUCCUAUAUCAACACCGACUGCCAUCGCAAUCUCUUCUCUGAACCUGUCGGUGAGGCUGGAUUUUGCCUGAUCUAUUAGGGGGAGUGUUUUUAUGUUGUAAUAGAAUAAGAUGUUUCAUGCUCAAGGAACUUCUUCCAAAUACCCAUGUUGCAUGCUUGCUGUUUUAUGUUCAAGAAAUUCUAAUAAUAAAGAUAAUGAUAAUGAUGAUGUUCUUGAACCCACAUUCCCUUUUCCGGAUAUCGUUUCUUCUGGGCGUUUAGAGGUUCAAACUUUGAUUAGUCCUACCAAGGAUGAAUUUCGUAAGGUUGUGGAUUCUGUCGAGCCAAACAUUAUAUAUUUCCAAGGAGAACGGCUUCCAAACGAUGAAGUUGGAUCUCUUGUUUGGGAAGCUGCACAAGACUUGCCAGGCCUCUUUGGUUCUUCUUUGCCCACAACUGUAUAUUUGGAAUUUCCAGACAGUGAAGAAGUAGCAGAGGCAUUGCAUCUGAAGGGGAUACCUUAUGUGAUAUAUUGGAAGAACAAGUUUUUGUGUUAUGCAGCUUGCCAAUUUCGACAUGCACUGUUUUCUGUGAUACAGAGCUCUUCUAGCCAUACUUGGGAUGCUUUCCAGCUUGCACAUUCAUCAUACAGGCUAUACUGUGUACGGAACAACCUUGUGCUGGCUGAAAAAGAUAAUAGCAAGUUGGGUCCAUACCUUCUUGGGAAUCCACCAAAGAUCAAUGUUCCCCCACCCGAGGCAGAUGGGGAAGAUGACGAAGAAAAAUAUCCCGAAGAUCUUCCUGCAAUUAAGAUAUAUGAUGAUGAUGUAAAUGUGAGGUUUCUUGUUUGCGGAUCUGCAUGCAGAUUGGAUGCUUCUUUGUUGGAACCAUUAGAAGAUGGACUGAAUGCUCUCUUGAGUAUUGAAAUGCGUGGGAGUAAACUUCACAAUCGAGUUAGUGCACUUCCUCCACCUCUCCAAGCAGGGACAUUUUCUCGAGGUGUUGUGACCAUGCGAUGUGAUAUUUCGACUUGUAGUUCUGCAUACAUUUCACUUCUGGUAUCCGGCAGUGCACAAACAUGUUUUGAUGAUCAGCUUUUGGAGAAUCAUAUAAAAAGUGAAGUAAUUAAGAACACUCGAUUAGUUCAAGCAGUAUCUAGUUUUGAUGAAAAUAAGCUGUCUACGUGUGAGCCUCGACGAUCUGCUUCAAUAGCUUGUGGAGCAACAGUAUUUGAAGCUUCCAUGAAAGUCCCUUUAUGGGCUUCACAGGUUUUAAGGCAGUUAGCACCAGAUGUUAGUUAUCGCAGUUUUGUUGCACUUGGUGUGGCUGGUGUUCAGGGGUUGGCUGUCGCUUCAUUUGAGAAAGAUGAUGCGAAAAGAUUGAUUUUCUUCUCUAGAGAACUAGAAGACAAUAUCCAUUUAGAUGUGAGUAGUUCUCCCAUUUCCAUUCCCCUGUGGGUGAGACAACCUCUCCCAAGUAGAGAAAGUCAUAUUACAAACCAAGAAGUGGGUCGUAGUAAUGGUUCAGUUCAUACUGGAAAACAAGAAGACAAGGGAAUGGAGGCCGGUAACGGGUAUGUAAGUGUUGGGCAGAAGCCAAAAGUUGUCAUCAUGCGAUAUCCACACGUCCGUCGCCUGGAAUCUCGACCCUUUGCUGGUAUUUCAGAGACAAAUGGACACGAGUUUGGAGGACAAGUGAAGACUAAUGUUUCAUAUGUGCCUUCAACCAAGCACAAUAGUGGUGGAUUAGCUCCUGUGACGCAUCGGAAAUCAUUAUCAAGCACAUAUCAGGCCAAACAACUAAUUUCACUAAAUCCACUUCCUUUGAAGAAACAUGGUUGUGAUAGAAGUCCAAUACAUGUUUGUUCUGAGGAGGAGUUUCUGAAGGAUGUGAUGCAAUUUUUGAUCCUGCGGGGACAUAAUCGUCUCAUUCCUCAAGGCGGCCUUGCUGAGUUUCCUGAUGCGAUACUCAAUGCAAAGCGUUUGGAUCUUUACAAUUUAUAUAGGGAGGUGGUUUCAAGAGGUGGCUUUCAUGUUGGCAAUGGAAUUAAUUGGAAAGGGCAGGUUUUCUCAAAGAUGAGGAACCACACAAUUACAAAUAGAAUGACAGGUGUUGGAAAUACACUUAAGAGACACUAUGAAACCUAUCUUUUGGAAUACGAACUGGCACAUGAUGAUGUAGAUGGGGAAUGCUGUUUGUUGUGUCACAGUAGUGCAGCUGGGGAUUGGGUGAACUGUGGGGUAUGUGGUGAGUGGGCUCAUUUUGGCUGUGACAGAAGGCAGGGUCUCGGUGCCUUUAAGGAUUAUGCAAAGACAGAUGGAUUAGAAUACAUAUGUCCUCAAUGCAGCAUCUCUAACUUCAAGAAAAAGAUGCCGAAAACCACCAAUGGAUAUUCUUGAAAUGAUUUAUAUUAGCACAUUUUGGUUGCAACUUUUUUUUUUCUUACCUUUUUAGUUUUAUUGUUUUGUAGCGUAUGUCAUUACUAGAAGGCGAUUUAGAUAUGUAGAGUUACAUGUAAACAUAAUGCUUAGUUAAUAGUUAUUCACGUCAAUGAAGUUAUAGGUGCGUUAUAAUCUCAAA